AUCGAAUGACAUCUUGAUCAUAAUUAAUGCUUCUUGGAAUUGCACUAUUUUUUCUUAUUCAAGCGAUAAAAAAUUUAUUGUACAUUGACAAUUUGUGACGUAUUAAUCACUUGAUUGAUAUCAUUGUUUCGCAAAGUGAAAUCUCUUCGUAAGAAUCAUUAUUAUAUUUUCUCUUUAACAUUCUUAUAUAAUCGGAAAGAUGACAAAUUAGAAAAUGUCCUGUAAUACGUGUGAAACAAAGUUUUCAUUCUUUAGAAAGGAACAUGCUUGUCCUACUUGUGGUUUCUCACAUUGUAGCAAGUGCCUAAAAUAUCAACAUAAUGUACCAAACAAAGCAGUAAAGAAGAUUUGUGGACGUUGUUACAACAAGAAUAUAUCUAUUAAUAAAUUAAGUAACAAUAUGGAAUCUCCAUCUCCUGAUUCUACCAAAGCUCCUUUACCUUCUGUUGACACCGCAAGCAAUUCAGAUUUAUUAAAAAAUCUAGCUAAGCCUCCUAUCGUUAUGUAUACUCAUACGAAUCAUUGGGAUAAAUUUAAAACUGGUAUGGAGCCUGCCGAUCAAGAAAUAGUAGAUCGAUUGAGAAGAUUGAAAGGAGAAGACAAUAAUGUACGAAUUCCUAGCAUAGAAGAGAUCAAGAAAAAGUUGGCGCUGUUAAGAGACGAAGAAUCGGCAGAGAAAAAGAUAAAUAUUCAUCAAGUUGAUAGCAGAACAGAUCAAGAGAAAACUGACGAUUUAAUAAAAGAAUAUCUUGAAAAAAUUAAAUUAUCUUCGAAAAACGAUCCCGAUAAAGAAAUCGAAGCACGACUACGAGCGCUACAGGAUAUUAAUAAUUCUAAAUCUAAUUCUAGUCAAAGUCAUAAUUAUAAUGACUUCGAUGACGAAAGUGAGCAUGCUAUGACGAUGAAGAUUAUUGAAAAAGCAAUAGCUGAAGCAGCUCUCGAACAAAAAUAUGACGAUGUGAGUGAACUUGAGGAAAUGGAAGUAGAGACCAGAACUCCAAGCGAUGACGAAGAUGAGAAACCUUCUUGCGUGAUGUGCGAUCAAACGGGUGAUUUGGUGAAAUGCAGAGGAUGCAAUGGUGAUCUUUACUGUAUAAUAUGUUUCGAAGAUAACCACGAUGAGUUUGAAUUAAAAACUCAUAAAAAAGUGCCUUUUAAGCAUUCCAACAAGAUGAUUCCAGAAUAAAUAUUUUACGAAGUAUUAAUUGCAAAACAUUGAUCCCUUUUUGAUAUUGGGGACGCUUUUGAUAUUCUAUGCACGCUAAAUAUCACUUACUCGUCAUUUUUAAUAACUUUCAUAUUAUUAUAUUAUUUUAAAAUAUAAUAAAUGCUUAAAGAUUAUCUGUCAGCAAGAAAUCAUAUGAUGUGACUUUGGAUGUAAAACACAGUUUUUCAUUAAUAUUUAUAAAAACGGCCAGAGAAGUUAAAUAUAUUUUGAUUUUUAUAAUCAAUUAUUCGCAUAAUUUAAAAACAUGUGCACUUUUAAAUAUAGUAUGUUGUACACAACGCAUAUUACGAACAGUAUGUGUUCGAUAAGUAGGUUCCUUGAGUUUUUACAGAUUAUUUAUAGAAAAAGUUUUAACGUAGAACAAAGACUCCCAAAUGACAAAAAAUGUAUACAUAUAAAACAAAUUAUAAACUUGUGAUAAAUUACACAAUGAUUGUAAUAAGUUAACUUACUAUAAUAAACAUUUUGUGGGUUAUUAAAAAAAAAAAAAAAAAAAAAAGAGACAGAUAAUUAACAUAAUCAUUAAUUUUCAUACAAAUCGAUACGAACUUGGAUAUCUUUGAUCCAUAUAAUAAUAUUAUGUAUUAAUGUAUACAGUAUUGUAGUUGUAUUUCAACAAAAAAGAAGAAAGAAGAAAUCUACUUUGCGAACAA